AUGAUCCUGGCCGUCAACGUGAUAGUCAGCUACGAGAUGCAAGUACGCCUAGACACUUGCCGUGGUGGCCACGGGCUGCGCCAUAUCAUUCAUGAAAACGAUAUUCCCAUACCUGACAACCACAAAGUCACAGCUCCGCUGCCUGUUCGUGCUCACCAAUUCUACGGUGCAACGCACACAUGCCUCGAAAAUUGGCUCAGAGACGAGCUCGGCAAUGCUGAAGAUCUAUAG